UUUGCUUGCCUCCCGAAGCCCUCUGCUUGCCAAACAGCCAUAUCCCCGCGGGGUCUUACUCUAUACGGCUUUUGGUGAAAUCACCUUGAUGAUUCAGGUGUUAGCUUUGUCAACCACAUUACCCCCGAGGACGUGAGUCAAUCGAAACAGAACAAACCCACCGAGAAGCGAACUAAAUAACCCCGCGAAACUCGAUCAAACCCGUCACUACUUGCCGAGGCAGCUGGCGUAUUUUCCUCUCUUCCCUAUCCGAAACCUGCCGCUGUCCUGUCGCAAAACUCCCAUCUCUCAGUUUGACAAGCACGACGAAACUUGCACCUUUCCGUCUUGUCGCUGGGGCCCGGUAUGCCUUCUCACUCUGAUUCUUCCAGUCAACAGGACAGCCACGAUGCCGUGGUACGGAUGCCUGACAGUGCUUCCAGGGCAGCGGAGAAUGAGAAGAAUGGCUCUGCGGCGGCGAGCCCUGUCAGUCAACGGCCGAGUGAGCAGGUAGAGUUCAAAGAGGGCGGCUAUGGAUGGGUUGUCGUAGGCUGUGUCUUUCUCAUCAAUGCUCAUACCUGGGGCUUGAACUCAACUUAUGCCGUGUUCCUCGCCUACUACCUCAACUCCGGAGCGUUUCCCGGCGCAAGCCCCAUCUCACUCGCUUUCGUCGGCGGGCUGUCCUUCUCCAUCGCACUCCUCAUCGCCCCGAUUGUCACCUUCUGCAUCCCUCGCAUCGGCACGCAACCAACUCUCGGCAUCGGCGUCGUGAUCCAAGCGGCCGCUCUCAUUGGUGCAUCAUUCACGACCCAGAUAUGGCACCUCCUACUCUCCCAAGGCAUCGGCUUCGGCGUCGGCAUGGGAUUCACCUUUAACUCCACCGUCGGUGUUGUCCCGCAAUGGUUCGUCGCGCGCCGCUCCUUUGCAAACUCCAUCGCUACGGCUGGCUCCGGCCUGGGGGGUCUCAUUUACUCCCUUGCUUCCAACGCCAUGAUCCGCAACAUCGGCCUGCCCUGGGCGUUCCGAAUCAUUGCCAUUUUGUCGUUCGUUGUCAAUGGCGCGUGUUGUCUGAUGAUGAAGGACCGAAACAAGGCUCUCGGCAGCGUUCAUGUCGCGUUUCACAAGGACAUCUUUAAGAGGAUCGAGUUCUGGUUGUUUGUCGCGUGGGGUUUCUUUGGACUCUUUGGAUACGUCAUCUCCGUGUUCUCACUGGCGGACUAUGCCCAAACAGUCGGGUUCAGUGCUAGCCAAGGGUCUAUCGUGUCGGCCAUGUUCAACCUAUCACAAGGCAUUGGCCGCCCGGUCAUCGGCCUAGUGAGUGACCGCUUUGGCCGCAUUAACGUAGCUGGCCUGGGCACCAUCAUCGCCGGCCUCGCCACGUUCUUGCUCUGGAUCCUCGCCGCCAAACACUUUGCAGGCCUCAUUGUCUUUGCCCUCUUUGGCGCAUUUGCCGGCGUGCUGUGGCCAACAGUCGCACCGGUAGGUGCUGAGGUGGUCGGAAUGCAGCUGCUUCCAUCAGCUCUGUCUAUUUUCUGGAUCAUCCUCGUUAUCCCGGCAACGUUCGCCGAGCCCAUAGCUCUGACAAUCAAGGGCUCCGGACUGAACGCGUAUUUCCCUGUUCAGCUGUUCACGGGAUUCAUGUACGUUGCGGCGUUCAUAUCCAUCUGGUUUCUCCGCGUGUGGAAGAUACGCGAACUUGAGACUUUGGCCCUAUCGGAAGAAGAGCAAGACGAUGCUCUUCGCAACAAUGAUGCUGUCUCGCUCACCACUUCAAGGCGUACUGGGCCCAAACCUGGUAUGAUGCAGUCUUUGCUCAAGGGCAUGCUUACUAUCCAGCGAGUGUAGUGGUCGAAUAUAAAGGCAUUAAAGAAUCAUG